AUGAGCGUAAAGCUCAUCGGCUGCGCGAAAGACGGCUUGCUGGCCAUGCUGGACCAGGAAUGCCAGUCGGUGGGCGGCAACGCGGAGCAGUUGUGCAGAAAGUUGCAGGGCGCACACGGCACGAGCAAGUUGUUUGGCGUCGUGAGACAGCGGCCGGGCAAUUUCGUCGUGGAGCAUUUCGCUGGCCCGGUGGAGUACACGUCCCAGACAUUUCUCGAGAAGAAUCGGGACGAGCUGAGCGCGGACCUCGUCGGGUGUCUGAAGGGCAGCUCCGACGAGUUCAUGCGCCAGCGUUUCGUCGAGCAUGACCGGCACUUCGGCACGCAGGAGUUUGUGUCAGUGCAGACGGGUUCCCGGCGGGUCGUGGCUGCGAAGAAGCACUCCGUCUCUGGGGAGUUCCGCGGCCAGCUCAGUUCGCUGAUGCAGCGCAUCCAGACCACGGAGCCACAUUUCGUGCGCUGCAUCAAGCCCAACCCAGAGAGCCGAGCGGGCGUCUUCCACCGCCCCUCCGUCGUGCAGCAGCUGCGGUACCAGGGGGUCCUGCAGGCCAUCGAGGUGAGCCGCGCGGGCUACCCCAUGCGGCUGAACCACCGUCAGGGCGUCCUGGACUUCCGCAGUUUGGCCAGGCGGGAGGACAAGGCCCAGGUGGAAGCCCAGAUGCUGUGGGGCCGCUUCGAGGCGGCCGCGCAGGUCCUCUUCCAAGGCAUUUCGGAGAGCCUGCCGAGAGGCUCUUGGGCGCUUGGCAGGACCCGACUGUUCCUGAAGCGCGAAGGCGUGGAGGCGCUGAGCUCGGCGCUGAGCCGCGCCCGCCGCGACGCCGCCAUCCGUGCGCAAGCCUGGUGGCGCGGCCGCCUCUGCCGCUGGCGCUUCAUCCGGCUGGCGCGGGCGGCGCUGCGGCUGCAGGCCGGCGCCCGCGCGUUGCUGGCCCGUCGCGUCGCACAGGCCAUGCUGCGCCAGAGGGCCGCCGUGGCCGUGCAGAGCGCCCGGCGCAUGGUGGCCGCGCGCCGGCUGCGUCUGCGCAGCCUGCUGGCGGCACGCUUCAUCCAGUAUUGGCUGCAAUCGCGAAGGCUGCGGGCAUGGCUGCUGCGAGCUGUCGUCGCGGCCCGCAGGCUGCAGUGGUGGCAGCGGGCUUCCAGGCAGCGCUGGCGCGCAUUCCGAAGGAGGUGGUCGGCCCGCCUCCUUCAGAAGGUGUGGCGAGGCCACAGAGGCCGUCUGGUGGCGCGCGAGCAGGCGAAGGCACGGGAGCGACGCAGGAGUGCUGCCAGCAGGGUGAUUGGGUCCUGGCGCAGGCACGUCUGCAGGCGACUGCUCUUCCUUCCCGGCGACGAGACUGCGAGAUCUCAGCAUUGCAAGGCGCCCGCCUGCAGCUCCACCGAGGUGCAGCAGGAGCGGGAUGUGGCCACGAGGCACGUCGCAUUGGAGCGGGCCUCACUAGGGGAGCUGCUGGCCGUGAGGGAGGAGCUGAAGACCCACGUCGCCGCGCUGUCCAGACACGCCCUCGUGGUCCGCAAGCAGGCGGGCUACUUGAAGCAGCAGGCCUUGCAGAUGUCCCGCCAGACCAUCCGUGCGCAAGCCUGGUGGCGUGGCCGCCUCUGCCGCUGGCGCUUCCUCCGGCUGGUGCGGGCGGCGCUCCGGCUGCAGGCUGGCGCCCGCGCGAUGAUGGCCCGCCGCCUCGUGCAGUCCAUGCAGCGCCAGAGGGCCGCCGUGGUCGUGCAGAGCGCCCGUCGCAUGGUUGCGCUGCGCCGGCUGCGUCUGCGCAGCUUGCGCGCGGCAUGCAUCAUUCAGUUCUGGUUUCGAUCUCGAAGAGCGCAGGCAAAGUUGCUGCGAGCGGCCGUCGCGGCCCGCAGGCUGCAGUGGUGGCAGCGGGCUUUUUUCAUGCAGCGGCGGCGCGCACUGCGGAGGUGGUGUUCGGCCUGCCUCCUUCAAAAGGUGUGGCGAGGUCACAGGGGCCGUCUGGUGGCGCGCGAGCAGGCGAAGGCACAGGAGCGGCGCAGUCGUGCUGCCAGCAGGGUGGUUGGGUCCUGGCGCAGACACGUCUGCAGGCGGCAGCUGCAGCAGCGGUGCUCCUUGCUGAGUGGCUCGGCUGGCCUCCUUCAGAGAGUGUGGCGAGGGCACCGAGGCCGUCUGGCUGCGCACGAGGAGGCCAAGGCAAAGAAGGCGGACGACCUAAAGCAGCAGACCCUGAAGCUGUCGCGCCAGACCAUCCGUGUGCAAGCCUGGUGGCGCGGCCGCCUGUGCCGCUGGCGUUUCCUCCAGGUGGUGCUGGCGACGCUCCUGCUGCAGGCUGCCGCCCGCGCGUUGAUGGCCCGACGCCUCAUGCAGGCCAUGCGGCGCCAGAGGGCCGCCGUGGUCGUGCAGAGCGCUCGUCGCAUGGUGGUCGCGCGCCGGCUGCGCUUGCGAAGCUUGCGCGCGGCAAGCGUCAUCCUGUACUGGCUGCAAUCGCGAAGACUGCGGGCACGGCUGUUGCGAGCGGUCGCCGCGGCCCGCAGACUGCAGCGCUGGCAGCGAGCUUCCAUGCAGUGGCGGCGCGCCCUGCGGCGGUGGUCCGCGGCCUGCCACCUUCAGAGGGCGUGGACAGGCUACAGAGGCCGUCUGGUUGCACACGAGCAGGCGAAGGCACAGGAGCGGCGGUGUUCAGUCUGCCUUCUUCAGAGGGUGUGGCGAGGCCACACAGGCCGCCGGGCCGCAAGAGAGGAGGAGAAGGCGCGGGAACGCUGCAGGAGUGCCGCCGGCAGGCUGCUGGGGCCUCUGCGCCGGUACGUCUGCAGGCGGCGGCUGCAGCGGCGGCGCGCCUUGCGGAGGUGGUCCGCGGCCUGCCUCAUUCAGAGGGCGUGGCGAGGCCACGGAGGCCGCCUGGCCGCGCGCGAGGAGGCGAGCGCACGGGAGCGGCGCGGGAGCGCCGCCGGCAGGGUGCUGAAGUCGUGGCGCAGGCACGUCUGCAGGCGGCUGCGGGUCUUGCCCAGCGACGAGCUCGCGAGGGUUCAGCACGUCGCGCCCCCGCGUGCCGCCCCGAGGGUCCCUGCGCUCUUCCUGGCGCCCGCCCUGAACUCCGCCGAGGCGCGACUGGAGCUGGAGGCGAGGGGGAGGUUCAUCGGACUGCAGCGGGCCUCGCUAGGGGAGCUUCUGGCCGCGAGGGAAGAGCUGCAGGCCCGCGUCGCCGCGAUGUCCAGGCGCUCCCACGUGGCCCGCAAGCUGGCGGAUGACAUGAAAGAGCGGUUCCUGGAGCUGUCGCGCUGGACCGCCUUCGGCAUGAUGAGCCAGGUCGCCGAGAAGUACUUUGGCUGCGGCUGCGAAUGCAGCGGCAGGGACCGUCGAGACUUCGCGCCCGCAGACGCAGGCCUCGGCGACCAGCAGGAGCGCAGCGGCUUUCCAGAGCCCGCGCGCUGGCUGACCCCGCGGACCGCCCCGCCCAGCGCUCGGGGAAGCGCCCCGCCCAGCGCCCGGAGAAGCCCACUCAGCGCCGAGUGA